CACAGCUCCCCACAAAGGGUUUGGUCAACUGCCCUGUGUUCACACCUGGUUCAACUGGUUGAGCUUAAUGUAACAAACGAAAAAUCGGCACGUGUUUGGUAGCUUUCAAUCGAACUAACUGCCAUGGGCUAAUUUGCCAUCAAGUUGAAACUGCACCGUGCUAGAAGGCUGUUAACCAAUUGAAACAUUUGCCAGUAGAAUGAUGACGAGGAUUCCGAUCGAUUCGUCAUGCAAGUUUGUUCGUUUUCGCUGCCAUUUUCCAUACAGCUGCUACUGUUUGCAAUUAUUAACAAGCGAUUGGUACAGUGGGUUGUACCAAUUAUUUACCCAAAACCUAAUUGUCUCACGUGUCGAAUCGGCAUCAAAUAAGCAAUUUCCUUAUAAAAGUAAGCACAGAUCACUGUGCGCAAGCUUCAUUGGUGACCGUGCAGCCGUCCCACAACCAUGUCUACCACCUCUACCAACUACCGGAUAUGGCCGGCUCGAAAAGUGGUGACGAACAGUGCGAUAAAGGAUGUGCUGAAGAUCGAGUCAAUCAAUCUGUGCUUCGAUGAGAACGGGAAAACCUUCCACACGUCCCACUACGAGGCGAUGACGAAACCGCGACCGACAAAACGUCCCCGCCAGCUGAUCGUAAGGCGCGGGGCUCCGUUCGAGGUGCGAUUGCUUACCAACCGGCGGUUCGAUCCGACCGUCGACACGAUGGUGCUGGUAGUUUCGAUCGUUUCGUACGGCAGCGAGAAGCCAUGCUUCGGCAAUGGGACGGAAACGUACGUGCUGGUGUCGGUGGCGACGGACGGGACAGCACCGGCCGAACCGGACGAGCUGGCGGAGGAUUGGCGAGCGGUCGUGGUCGAUAGUAAGGAUAAGGAGAAGGGAAAGGUGGAGCUGACGCUGCAGAUUAUGAUACCGUCUUACACGCCCGUCUGGCGGUGGUCGAUUCAAUUCCACACCCGGCUGGACACGACGGACGCGAAGAGCAUGACGGAGAUCAAGGAACCGUUGUUUGUGCUGUUCAACCCUUGGUGCAAGAACGAUGCGGUGUACAUGGAAGAUGAAGCUUGGCGUUCAGAGUACAUCCUGGACGAUAGUACGGCCAUCUGCAAGCCCGCCUCGAAGGGGCUGCACAUGAGCAGCUGGUUCCUCGGCCAGUUCGAGGCGAACGUGCUCGACAGCGCGCUCUACAUCGUGGAGCAGGUGGCCAACGUGAAGGCCCCGAUCAGCGGCAAUCCGGUGCUGGUGAUCCGUGCCCUUUCCGGCGCGCUCAACACGGCCGACGGGACCGGUGUGCUGCAGGGCAACUGGAGCAACAACUACGAGGGCGGCACGGCCCCCACCUCCUGGACCGGGUCGGCCAAGAUACUGCAGGAGUUUUACGACACCGGGGAGAGGGUCAAGUACGGCCAGUGCUGGGUGUAUGCCGGGCUGCUCACCAGCGUGUGCCGUGCGAUCGGCAUCCCGAGCCGGAUAAUUACCAACUUCGAGUCGGCCGGCGAUCACGAUGCGUCCCUGUCGAUCGACUACUUCGUGGACGAUUCGGAAAAGACGGGCGCCGGCAUGACGGUCGACUCGAUCUGGAACUAUCACGUCUGGAGCGAGGUGUGGAUGCAGCGGAAGGAUCUGCACAAUCCCACCUACGACGGGUGGCAGGCGGUGGACGCGACGCCCCAGGUGCUGUCCGACGGCAUGUUCAAGUGCGGCCCGUGCCCGGUCAGUGCGAUCAAGCAGGGCCACGUGCACGUCCCGUACGAUGGGGAGUUUAUCUACGCGGAGGUGAACGCGGACGUGAUCUACUGGUCGAUCGGGAACGAUCAGAAUCCACCGAAGCCGCUCGAGAUCAGCACGGCACAGGUGGGGAAGAACAUCAGCACCAAAGCGAUCGGGUCAGGCAAGCGAGAAGACGUGACGGAGCGGUACAAGUACCCGGAGGACUCGAAAGAGGAGCGCGACGUUAUGAAGACGGCGAUGAAGUACAGCAGCCAGCGGUUUAGCAGUGCGGGGCUGGCAAAACGGCUGCUGGGGGCAAUGGUGAACGAUAGCAACGGCACGGAAGAUGCAAUCCAGCUCGAGAUCAAGUGUGACGAGGAGCUGACGCUGGGCACGACGUUCCAGAUCGAGGUGGUCGUGACGUGCGCCAGUGCGGUCAGCUCGGUGGAAGUUACGGGCAAGUUGGUGCUGCGCGACUCCGACUACACUGGGCGCGAUAUGGCAACACUGAAGGUGACACCGUUCGCCAUCAAGCUGGAACCGAGGGAGUCGAAAUCGAUCAUCGUGCCGCUGGAGUACGGCGAGUACAAAACGAUGGAUACGCACAAGACCAACCUACGGGCGAUCUGUACGGCGGAGGUGAAGGGUAGCGAUCGGACGUACUUUAAGCUGAAAAACUUCCACCUUUCCGUGCCGGCGAUCGAGCUGUCGGUGGUCGAGCACAGUACGUCCGGACCGAUCGCGGUACAGGUGGAUCUGAGCAAUCCACUGCCCGUUCCGCUGACUGGUGGCCGGUUCGUGGUGGAAGGCUCGCGCUAUACCGAUCCGAUGGAGAAAAAGUACGAGAGCAUACCGGCCGGCGAAACGGUGCAGUUUAUCUAUCCGAUCAAUCUAUCCCACAAGGGUAAGAUGGUAGUUACGGCAUCGUUCGUUUCGAAGGAGCUGAAAAAUGUGCACGGAGAUCUCACCAUUGAUAUUCCUUAAGCUGUUGUUAAAGCUGCAACGGGAAAGAUGAGAAAAUAUAGGUCAACAAGAUGAAGGAUAGAGUGUUGUGCGUCAAAUAAUACGAAAUUUCAAUCUUCACAGGCCUAUGAGUUUACAGAAGUAAUUAGUAAUUUACAGAGGAAAUGGAAAAGGAAAACACAUGCACAUUGUUUAUGUUUAUAUUAUUGUUCUAUUAGUCAGUGAAGAUUGAAAUUUAGUACUAUCUCAUGCAUAGUAAACUCUUAUUCAUUUGUUAAGGCAUAAUUAUAUUAUAUCGAGAGAGAAAGACUUAUAGCUCUGUGUGUAUGCGUAAUAAAAUUGAGAUAUCACGGCAGCAA